UCGUAUGUAAUAAUGGCUAAAGAGUUCUCCGAUAGAAUUGCCACCACUUUCUCACUGUUGGAGACCUGUUUCGGUUUGGGUCUCAUAUUAGGGCCGACACUCGGCGGCGCUUUCUAUCAAUUGGGAGGCUUUUUGAUGCCUUUUGUUAUAUUGGGUUCGUUUCUACUAUUGGGAGGCGUUUUCACAUUCAUAUUAUUCCCAAAAUCUGUCGAACCGUCGGAACAAAAGUCCGGAAAUCUAUGGAAAUUCAUUGCAGACCCGAGCGUACUAUUGGACGCCUUAGCGAUCGCCACAUCUCUCAACUUCAUUGGCUUCAAUGCGGCCACUCUUGAGCCACACCUCCGAAGAUUCGAUCUAUCGCCUAUCAUAAUGGGCUGUAUUUUUGUCAUUUCUGGUGGAAUAUAUGCAAUAACUACUCCUAUUUGGGGAAAACUUUGUGAUAAAGGGUUUGAUCCCAAGAAGUUAUCAUUAUUUGGUUCAAUACUGUGUUUAAUAGGCUUCACAUUCAUAGGACCUCUCGAUUUCAUACCAAUAGAACCUGAGUUGUGGAUAAUAAUCGUCUCAUUGGUAUUCAUUGGUUUGGGAAUCGCCUCAAAACUGGUCACCGCUUUCAUCAGCGCUUUACACGACUCCAUCCAUAGGCGAGGCUUUGCCGACGAUAUAUCGACCUAUGGUUUGGUGUCCGCGAUGUUCUUCUGCGCCUGUAGUGUCGGUGCGUUCAUCGGUCCCUCUUUGGGUGGAUUUCUUUUGGAUAGAAUUGGUUACAGAAAAGCAAUUCUUGUCAUUCUUAUCGUCGAUAUUCUUAUGGUAUUCCUUCAUUCGUUUCAUCUAAUCGUACGAAGAGUUCAGAGCUCCAGAAGUGAUGAAUUGCGACCACUUUUAACACAAAACUCUUAAGCUUUUAAUACAUAUUUUAUGACUUUUAUGUGUAUUUAAUAGUUUUUGUGAUAUUUUCGUAUGAAUUAUACAAUAAACUUAUCAUUUUAUUUAACAAA